GUCUUGAUUUGAAUGGGUUCGGUCGGCGAAACUACGUGAUCAUCACCCAGCAACGGUAGCCAUUUUUAAACCCAAAGUUUUUCAUCUGUAACUUUCUGGCCCCUCAAAAGAAAAAGAAAAUGUCAUGGUUGGCUGGGUCUCUCGCAAGCUCUCUCCGUCUUGAUGACGAAGAAAACGACGGAAUACCACAACAAACCAACCUGUACCCCUCACCCACCGAUCAUGAUCAAAUCGCAGGGAAAGAUGAACAAACUCAGACUCAAUCUCAUUCGUCAUCAGAGUUGGUAGAAGAUGAGGCACAGUCGCGUGGAGUUCAAGAAGACUUGACGGAAUUCAAACAAACCCUAACUCGCCAGUUAUUGGGGGUAGCCUCUUUUUUCGCUCCACCUCCAUCAACAGAAGAUCAUCAGAGCCGUAAUUCGGACGAAUCAGAGCCGUCGGAUCUAUCAAACGAAGAAGAUCCGGAAAUUUCACGGAUGAGCGAUAGGUUUAGAAGCGGUGUGUCGGAGAUAUCAAAGAUGGCUUCGAAUUAUUUUCCGUUUGCAUCAGAGGACAAUGAGGAGCAAAAUAGGGAGGACAAUGUGGAGGAGGAGGACGACGACGACGACGAAGAGGAAGAAGAAGAAGAAUUGAAUGCGGUUGGGAUUACAGAUGAAGUGUUGGCCUUUGCAAGGAAUAUUGCGCAUCAUCCAGAAACUUGGUUGGAUUUUCCUUUGGAUGAGGAAGAAGACCUGGAUGAUUUUGACAUUUCUGAUGCCCAGAGGGAGCAUUCCUUUGUUAUUCAACAUCUUGCGCCUAGAUUAGCUGCUCUGAGAAUUGAGCUUUGCCCUUGUCAUAUGAGUGAGAAUUACUUUUGGAAAGUUUAUUUUGUUCUACUACAUUCAAGGCUCAACAAACAUGACGCAGAGGUUUUGUCUACACCCCAGGUAGUGGAAGCCAGAAGAAUGUGGAUGAAAGAGCUACAAAAGCAAACAAAGCCAGAAAGUGACUGGUUUGGAAGAAGCACUUCCUAUAUGAAAGACAGCACUAAUGUACUGCAGGAAGACUUUGUUCCAACUUCAUCUAACUACGCACCUUCCGAUGUCUUGUCACCGCGGACAUAUGCUUCUGAAUUAAGCACUUCCACAAUGAUAACAGAUUAUGAGACUGAGAAGCACCCAAUAGAAAGCACUGAGAUACAUUUUGUUGAUAAAUCAGUCAUAGCAGAGAAACCAGUGACCACGGGUAAGAAUUUGACAGUUGGUCCAUCCUUUGAAGUUCAAAUUCCUAAUUAUGAAGAUGAUGAGUAUGACUGGCCAGAGGAGGACUCAGACUUAGGUGGAUACAAUGGUACUGCAAUUUGUGUGGUGAAUGAAGAUAUUUCAUUCAGUGAUCUUGAGGAUGAUGAAUGUGUGCCCAUAAAACCAAAGAUCGUUUAAGGAGCAUUGGAACUUAAGAAAGCAAUACCCAUGAUUAAGCUUUCACUGAGCGUAAGCUCUGCUGGUUGAGGCGAAAAUGGAUUCGCAUUAGGCAACUUGCUGAACGUCCAGUUUUGGUUACACAUUUUUAGUGCCCAUGUGAGUUCUUCUUACAUGAUGGAUGAUUAAAUCAAGUGUUAAUAGAGUCAUAAGUGUGUGGAUUGUGUGAAGAUUGUGCUUAAAACGUUUAUAGUUAUUCAUUGAGGGGCAAGGAAAGAAAAAAAGAAUAAUGUGAGAAAUUUUACCAUUAUUUGAGCCAUACCUUGAAGAAGUGUCAAUAGUUAUAGAGUUAUAGAAACAAGGAAAGCGGUUUUCUCUAUGUUGGUUUUAUUUGUCUUUGGAUUGUAAAAGGUGGCUUUCAGCUGCUCCUUUUUGGCAAUAUCAGCAGUUGGGCGUGACAUGGCAACAUAAAAAGAAAUGGUAGGGGAAUGACGGACGCUAGCUAA